AUGCAACAGAAUGAGUUAUAUCCAACUUUGGUAAACGAAAGCUCAAUAUCCAAAUAUUUAGAUACAUCAUCGAUCUCCUCAACUUCCACCAUUUUCAUACGACUUUGUAAUGAUAUUGAGUAUAUAGUUGGUUCUGCUUGCUCCAAGAUUAUGAUUGAGGAAUGUAAGAAUCUGGUAUUGAUCGUGAAUGAUAAGGUAGUUACUUCCAUAAUUGAAGUUUGGAAAUCCGAGAAUAUUACUCUUAAGUUGAAUACUCAAGUCCAAACUGUUCAAGUAGAUCAAUGCGAAAAUGUUCAUAUCCAAUACGAAUCCAUUAAAAAUUUUUACUCUGUGGUUUGGACUAACACAAAAACACUUGAAUUGAAAUUGUUAGAAGACGGUGAAGAGAAACACGUUUUAUCUACAGGAGACAUUCCUAAUGAAAAAACAAAUUCACCAAACGAUAAUAAAUCUGAUAAACCACAAGAUAAUUGUCCAUUUCAGUACAUAAUUAGAUUGAUUGAUGAUCAAUUGACCAGUGAAGAACUUAUUCGUGCUGAAAAAGGAUUUCCUACAACUCAGCGUGAAUGGAAUGAUUAUAAAAAUAAUAAUCCUUGA